CUCAAAGACUCGGUAUUCUUCAUUUGGUUAAACUGACACAGCUUCAAGAAAAUGAAGAUAAUUAUCUGGUUUUCAAUGAUAUUGGUGUGCCAGUGUAAUAUGGGGGAAGAUAACGUAAUAACUGAGCUGUGCUUUAAGCCAAAUGUUGGACCUUCCUGUCAGAAAUUGAAAACAUAUUAUUGGAACAAGGAAAUGAAGAAGUGUGUACUUACCAAUUAUCUAAUGGAGCCUUGUGGUUUCUUCUACAAAAUGGAAACAUGCACCAAAAUAUGCACCAAGGAGUCUUGGACAUUAUCUAACUUAGAAAAAUAUGUCCGUACUUUGCCUUAAAAUAAAUGAAUAUUUAAAAUAA